AUUAAAAUUCAUAUGUCAAAGGUCAGUCUAUGACAGAAAAAAAUUAUAAACACCAAAUGAUGUUAACACUUAGCAGACUGCUGAUGAUUUACUAAUUUUUAUUGAACUUAAUUAGUGUUUUUCAAUAAGUUGAUGGUGAUCUAACUUAGAAAGAAUAUGAUAUAGAAGAACUUGUUUUGACACAAGAUGAAUUAGAACAGCAACGACUAAUUGACAGACUCGAACAAUCGCAAGACGAAGAACAACAACGGCAACGAGAGGAUAUGGAACAAUGGGAACGAGAAGAAUUCAAUGUUUUGCAGAGGCUUUUCAUGGUACAACAAGACACACAUGAAGAACUACGACAAGUAGAUACGACGACAGAAAUACAGUCGCAGACGUCACAGACCGCGAAGUCGAUUGACCAAUCGGAGCAGCCGAGUUUACCUGCCUAUCAAACACAUCCUACUCCACCGUCCGAAACUCUCGAAUAG